AUGAAGUUCACUACCACCAUUCUGACCACUGCAAUGCUGGCCGGCAGCUCUCUUGCCGCCCCUCGCAGCGGUCUUGCUGAGCGUCUGCAGGCUCGUGGUGUCUUAUCACGCCAGCUCAUUCCAGCCGAGAAAAACGGUGUUUUGCUGAAGGAUGGAUCUGACGGUGCAAAUGUCGAAUACAGCAAGAACUGGGCUGGAGUAGUGCGCGAGAAGCCUCCCCCAAGCGCUACAUAUACCGCUGUGUCGGCAACCUUCACCGUCCCAACGCCAAAGGCCACCGACAAUUCCAAUGAUAUGCAAGCCGUGUCCGCUUGGGUCGGCAUCGAUGGAGACACCUACACACAGGCGAUCUUGCAAACUGGUGUUGACGCCUAUAUCCAGAAUGGCGAACAGACCUUCGAUGCUUGGUACGAAUGGUACCCCAAGAACGCGGAGAAUUUCGACUUAGCUUUGACCGCGGGCGAUGUCAUCGUUGCCAAAGUGGAAUCUUCUUCACCUAGCAAGGGAGUUGCCAUCAUUGAAAACAAGUCUAGCGGACAGAGUGUCACCAAGACUCUGGACGCACCCUCCACAUCCGCCACUCUGGCAGGUCAAAAUGCUGAGUGGAUUGUCGAGGACUUCAACUCCGGUAGAAAUAUGGUUCCCUUGGUCAGUUUCGGCAAGAUUGACUUUACCGGUGCUCAAGCCAAUGCCAAUGGUGCGUCAUAUGGUGUUAACGAUGCCGCUCUGCUGGACAUGCAACAGAACGGCCAGGUGAAGGCCCAUGUUGAGGUUUCAAGUGAUACCGAGUUCACCGUCACGUACCAAUGA